ACAUUCUUAGCGCCAGAGCUUUAAAAACACGCAUUGCGAGGUUUUUUCCAAAUUAAUUGCAAAAUAUGCAUAGAAUUCCAUUGCCCGUGGUUCCGGACCCUUGCCCCGAGGCCUCGGAAUGUGAGACCAUGUCAAGGGUCAUGUGUCCGCGCAACCUGAUAGAAUGCGAGCUGUUCUUGAAGGUUUUGCAAAAGGAAACCGAUGCAGUUUUUCUCGGCUUUUCCGAAAGUGCUCAAGGUUCUCUCAACAUUUCCAAGGAGUGUAUGCGAAUGAAGAGUCCCACGGUGUUGAAGAAGACCUUACAGAGUCUGAACGAGAUCAUAAGCCGCGCACCCAGCGGCACCGCCACAUUCGUGGACGCGAUUUUGGCCCGAAGUGUGCUCUACAUGAAAAGUAACCAGCAUGCGAUCGCCUGCAGGGACUUGUUGUACUAUGAGUCUUUGGAUCCGUCUCUCAAGACAACCGAGGGAACUAUCGUCUCACAGAUCCUCCUUUGCAUAUGCCUCUAUAUGAACCGGGAGUAUCAAGCAUCGAAGGACAAGUGGACUGUCUUAAAAGACCUCAUUGAAGAAACGCCGUUGUCUGAAAAAAGUGAAAUCGGGCAGUUCCUUAGUUUAAUGCAACAAUAUGAGGAGAGAAUCAACCAAGACAGGAGGAAUGUUGAGGUAACCAAGAAAGUUCAAAGCCAAAUCUUACCAUUUAAGGGUUUUAAGAUGACCCGCAAAAUACCAUUUGCCAGCCAGGCCUGUGAAUAUUUAGAAAAAUCCAAUGAGAAACAUGCCGGCGUCUAUGCCUCAUGCGACAUUCCCAAAGGAGAAAUAGUUAUGGUGGAAAAUCCUGAGCUAUUUCAGUUCAGUGCUCCGUUCCUGAACUGCGAUCUGUGUGGAUUGCACCAGGAACAGCUCUUCACCUGUGAUACCUGUCGUUAUAAGACAUAUUGCUCAAAGCUGUGCAUGGAAUCCGAUGCGGAAGUCCAUCAAUUUGAGUGCUACGGAUAUAAAAUUGGCCUGAUACCAAUGCUAGAGGCUUCGAUGCUGUUUCGCUUGUUUCUGCAAUCAGGAGAAUAUAUACUUCCGGCUUUAGUUGACUUUGCGAUGGAAGGCGGAGUAGUUAAUCAUCCCCGUGACGCCUGGAUGUUUAUACUAGAGCAUGCCCAGGAAGAGGAUAAGGAAUACAGUUCCAUUGGAGAAUUCCUUGCCACAGCGCCGGAUUAUAAACUGCUUACCAGGGGGCAGUAUCAGGAAAUCGUUACCACAGCAUUCCGAUUGUCGGUGUUUAUCUACAACGACCAUGACCUCGCAGAUAAAUACUUUUAUUUGCUCGCUCUCCAGAAAUCCGACGUUAUUAAUGUGAUGGCGGCGAUACUUUUACGGUUGGGAGCACACGUUCUGUUGAAUUCCCAGCGAGAUGAGCUGCACUAUCCGAAACCCGGAGAGGGCAUGAAUGAAACUCAUGAAGAGUUCGCCAAGUGCGCUGCACUUCCAGCGCCAAUUGACCGCAUAAGCGCAAAUGCAUUUAGUUACUAUGGAGUGAACGCGAUAUCUGAUUUUGUAGACUGCUACAAUGACGUUCACGACAACCUAGAUGACGUUGACAAUGAGUUGCAGGAAAAGACUUCUAAAGAUAGUCCAAUAUUUCUGUUUGCUGAAAGGCUACAUUCGAUAUGCAUUCAAAAAUAUGAAAUUGAUACUGUUGAAGAUCUCACAAGUGCGGAAACCUUGCCCAAAAAUCAAGUGGACGAAAUUUUUGAAAUCUUUAACACAUCCAAACGUUGCCAGUUGCUGACCGGUGUUGCCAAAUUUUUUCAUCAAUUCAUUUAUCAAUAUUUUAACAAAAUUGAAAACACCUUCCAAGUAAAAUCAACGUUUUGUGCCACCUUGAAAGCUUUUAGGCAGAAUUGUGCGACCGAAAAUGUUAAAAUCAUAUCUCUACCGAGUGGAAAACGUGUUGGAGUUUCCACUAAAAAUGUCGUUGACGGCGAUGAAUUAGUGGUAUGCCCCGAUUUUCAAGGUCAUCGAGAUCAAAACCUAUUUUUGGAGCUAGCACAAUGCAAAGAUUUUAAUUUUUCGUCAAAAGCUAGCCAUGGAAAAUCAAGUUUCGAGAAGAAGCCUUCUCCAGAGUUUGUACGACAUAACGAAGCAUUCAUAUUCGCUAUUAACAACAAAUUUGCUGCUUGGAAGCAGUCUAGACAAGAUGCAAAACUCCAACUUGAUUUGUCCAUCCUAUACGGCACCUACAAUAGUUUUCUUGCCCUGCAUUGCGCAGAAAAAGACGAUAUUCGUUUGCUGGGCGUUCUUAAAUUCUCCAUGUUCUUAGCCAUGAAUGGCUUCUUGCAACAUGCCAGUGAUAAUAUUUUUAACUUAGUUGAGUUAAUUGAGUUGGAUGACAUAUACUUUAAAGACGUCCAAAUCUACCAUCGAGUCUUUGAUGUAAUCAAGCAUAUUAUGGAACAAUACAUUGACAUCAUGAUCGAUUAUGCGGAUGUCGGCCCGGAAUAUCCCAAAAUGGUUCUUGUGAACUGUUCAUUGAUAUUAAAAAGACUGCAGCUUCAUACCGAAGCUUUAAUCGAUAACGAAGACGCGUCAGCUUUAUACAUGGAAUAUAGUACCUUUCAUUACAAAUGGAAGACAAUAAUUAACUCCUAUCUUCAAAUGCCACCAGGUCUGAGGGCCUUUUUAGUAGAGUCAAAAAAGUGAGUUCAAAUUAGCUGCUGUCCUCAUAGAAAUGGAUUUUAAGUUAACGUCCUAUAAGCGUUGUGUAUAAUACAUCCUGUAAAUUCUCCCAAACGGAUUCAAACGAAUGAACCAUGUUUUUUGUUAUUUAAAUACAAUUAAAGACACAUUCCAGUUAAUUUAUUUUUAUGUUAAAGAAAGCCAAACAUUUAAGUUAAUCGUAUGAUAUUUAUAAGUUUCGUAAAUAAGUUUGUUUGAUUUAUUCUAACAAAAAAAAAAAAAAGAAAAAGAAAUGAGUCAGAACUCUGUACUUAAUGCACUUCUUAAUGACUUAGCCUUAUCUGUUCUUAUUAUUCUUGCUGCUGGCAAAAAUACAACUACCAACACUUUUA